AUGGAUCCCAACAUUCAGGGGUCUUUCCUGUUCAACAACAGCCUGAACCAGUUCCCCAGUGAGCUGAAAGCCCCCGUGUGCCAGUACUCCGUCCCCAACUCCUUCUACAAGCUCAACAGCCAGCUGCCAGCAGGGACCCCGCAUGGCAUCAGUGACAUCCUCAGCCGCUCCAUGAUGGGAGUGGGCACCACGGCCACCACCACCCUGCUCUCCGGGUACUCCAGCAUGGGUGGCUUCGGCCCCUCCGUCACCAGCACCUCCAUGUACUACAACCGGGACUACAACUCCUCGAUAGGGGGCUUCUCCAAAACCGGGUCAGAGUGUCCCAUGAAGGGCCGGAGCUGCUGGACGGAGAGCAGCUGCGACUGGAGGGCGGCGAAGCAGCAGGUCGGCGGCGGCUCUCUGACAGAGGUGAGCAGCAGAAAGAAACACACCAGACCGACCUUCAGCGGGCACCAGAUCUUCGCUCUGGAGAAAACCUUCGAACAGACCAAGUACUUGGCCGGACCCGAACGGGCCAGACUGGCGUACUCCUUGGGCAUGACCGAGUCCCAAGUUAAGGUUUGGUUCCAGAACCGACGCACCAAGUGGAGGAAGAAGAGCGCCUCGGAACCCACCUCCACGCAGCAGAACCAGGCCGGGCAGAGCGGCGAGGUUUCGGAGAACGAGGUGGAGGACGAGGAGUACAACAAGCCCCUCGACCCAGACUCGGACGACGACAAGAUCCGGCUGCUGCUGCGUAAACACCGCCGAGCUUUCUCCGUGCUGCGCCUCGGCCCGCACAUGUGA